CAAGAUCAGAAAACACCACGAAGCAGACGAUCAUUUCACGUCAACAGCCAAUAUUUCCUGAUACAACCCCCUUUCAAUUCAUCAGGCAACACGAAACCCACAUCAAGCCACAAACCAGCAAACCACCGCCAAAAUGCUGCUCGAAGAAGACCCCUCCACCCUCAUCCGCCACACCAUCUCCAACUUCAACAUCGCGCCGGACAAGACCGCCGUGUCACGGGUAUCGGAAUCCCUCUCCACGCUGCAGCAGGCGCGGGAGCUGCGGGUGCGCGAGGCGGAGGCGGCGCUGCGGCGGCUGGGCCGGUCGCUGGGCACGCUGUCGUCGCAGCACGCCGAGCUGACGGCCUCGCACUCGUCCACCCAGCACGCGUCCGAGAUCGCCCGCCUCGACACCCAAAAGUUCCGCGUCGCCAAGGCCGCCUCCGACCUCGAGAUGGAGACUGAGCGUUUGCAGGCCCAGCUGGCGGAUCUUAAUGCGCGUCUGCAGGAGUUGGAGUUGCAGGGGGUGGAUGGGGGUGGGGUUGGGGUUGGGGAGGGGGGGAAUGGUGCUGGUGCUGGUGCUGGUGGUGCUGGUGGUGCUGGUGGUGCCGGGAGUGGUGGGGCGCUGGAGGACGAGCUGCUGCUGCGGUUGAAGGUCUAUCGGAGUUUGGGGAUUGAGAUCGAGAGGGAUAGUAAGGAUGGGGAGUUCAACCGGGUGGUGGUGCGGAAUGAUCGGAAGGGGGAUGUGCAUGUGGUGAAUAUCGAUAGGAAGUUCUCGAGGUUUUUCUACGCCAACUAUUUCUGGCAGAGUUUGUAAGCGGUUGGGAUUCGGAAGGUACUCAUGGACGGCGUUUCGGAGUUGGUUUGGGAUUGGGGGAGAUACCAGGGAAACUCAGCGUAUAUAAAAUGGACAUGGUUUACUGACGCCUGACGCGAGGGACCUCGGUUAAGCUCACGAUUGAUAUCAUGGGCAUCAGCUCUAUUGGCCUCGGCUGCUGGAUUGUUGCCCG